AUGAGAAUAGUAUCUACUUCAUUAGUUGGAGUAAUAAGUAUAUUAUAACCUAGGCUUACUGCCUAAUAAGACCUAUAGGAUUUAUUGUUAGAGGAUAUCCAAAUGAAUUAUUAUUAACUAAAUAGGCUGAAUAUGGAUUUGAUUAAAAAAUAAACUAUUAGGUUUAUGUUUAUAAUUUUAUGACCAUCUUGGUAGCCAUUUUAUGUUUAUAUAUUAAUAAGAUAACAUUUAAAGAGAGUGACUCUUGA